AGCGGCAAACCGGAGCACUAGACAUGAAGUUUAUGGAUUAAUUAACCUGCUUAAAAAUGGAAGAUGAAGAUGACAGCAUAGAUUCAAGUCCGACACCAGUGAGAGCACAUAGCUCCAUGCGCGUUCGACAUUGGCGCAAAGGAGAAACGAGUUUAAUGCUGGACAACGUCAGCACCAAUUCAGUGUCUGCAACUGGAACGCAAUUGGAAUGUGAUAAGGAGACACUGCAAUUAAAUGACCAAGUCAGUUGGUUUGAAGCUGAUCGCUUGGAUUGCCAGCGUGCUCAGCAGGAACCGAAGCGAGCUCCUCCCGUUCCUGCCUCAGAAAACUUUAUGUCGCUGCAGUUCAUGCUGGAAAGUCAACAGUUGCCACUGGAGGAAGCUGAGCUGGAUUUAUCACCCCAACACGAAGCUGAAGAGAAUCCUGAGACACCCGAAAGGUUGCAGAGCAUUCAAAAUAGCAUUGUGCUGGAGAUCUUAAAGGAUUUCUGCUCAUCGCCUAGCUACGAGAAGGAUGAGCCGCCUGUAUAUUACGUCUCGCCCCAGUUUCGAUUCUAUAACAAAAAGUUGCGUACUUAUCAACGGCGUUGUCGAGUGCAGCCCACGACGCAUCUAACCACAGAUGAUGAUGAUGAAAGAAUGAGCUGUUCCUCGGGACUCUCUGUGCAAGAAGAUUUCAUAACAGAAAUGCCAACCAGAAACCACUGUGAAUUUGAUGCAAAUAGUUCACAGAGAAUUUGUGAAAACCUGUUGAAUUUGAGUGCAUUUUUUACACAAAACAAUGCAAAUAGCAGCAUUGAUUUGCCAGCUGACAGGGCACAAACAGAGGCCAUGCUAGUAGAAGAUCCUCAGGAUGCAUCAGAUAUAUUAAAGGACAAUGGAUACUUUAUCGGCAACACGGAGCAAUGUAAGUUGCUGGAUGACUGCAAUGAUACUAAGGUUGCAGUCAAUAAGGAACUCACUUUAUUUGGUGGGAGUAAUCGCUUGCCAACUAUGGAAACUCAUUGUAAAACUAACAAUCGGAAAGAUGGUAAUUUAUUUGACGAUUGUUUGGAUUGGUUUGCCGAUGAUAUAAACGCUGAAGCUUUUUCAAAAAAAGCAGAUUUAGCUGAUGCCAAACCAGCUAAGGAAGCUGUCGAGUCUAAGGAGACUAAUGAUAGCGAAUUCUUUGAUGGGAUUCCAUUCAGUGAAUGGCAACCAAUGGAUUUGCCGAAACCCGCAAGUAAUGUGCCUAAGGAAAUCCCAACUUUAACUGAAAAACAACAAUUAGAAAGCAACGUCUGUAAUCAGUUAGAAGAGAUACCAUUAAGUGAAUGGCAACCUAUGGAUAUCCCAGAUACUGUUCAGUUUCGCACUGCAUCAAACAAGACCAUCGAAAUUUCCGAGGAGCAGCAAAAGGAACCGCUUAAACUAAUGGCGGAUCUGGAAGCAAGCUAUCCACAGCAAGCAAAAGGAAACAGUACCGAAUUUAUAGUGCCUAAUGCGCCAGACAAGAUUGAAUUUCGCACUGCAUCUAAUAAGACUGUGAAAUUAACUGAGGAAAUGCAGAAAAGGGCAGCAAUGUUGAUGGCUGAUUUGGAGGCUAUCAAUGGUGGCAAUCAGUUGGAGAAAGAGUCAGAAUUCCACACAGCAUCAAAUAGAAAUAUGACAGAUAUAGAAAUCAACAUAACGAAAAGAGAAGAAGAAUUUCUAGAUGAGAUUCCCUUCAGUGAAUGGCAACCAAUGGAAAUUUCUCCUAAAGCGGAAACAAAUGAUUGCAGUAGUCAAUUAGAUGUGAUCCCUUUAAGCGAGUGGCAGCCUAUGGAUAUUGCAGAAUCUGUUGAAUUCCGCACAGCAUCAAACAAGAUCAUUGACGUCUCCGAGGAGAAGCAGAAAGAGGCUGCCAAGUUAAUGGCUGAUGUGGAAACAAUCUACUCCCAGACACUAAGAGAAGCCAGUGAUAAAGGAAAGCAGCCUGAAGAAGUUCUGUUUCGCACUGCUUCAAAUAAGACCUUAGAACUAACAGAUGAGAUGAGGAAAAAGGCUGCAAUGUUAAUGACAGAUUUGGAAACAGUUCAAGAGUCAACAAAUGAAUGCCAUCCAUCUAACUCUACAUCAGAGACUAGGGGAUUUAAUUCUACACAUCCUAAAGAUUUCCAGUUUCGCACUGCUUCAAAUAAGACAUUAGAACUAACGGAUGAGAUGAGGAAAAAGGCUGCAAUGUUAAUGGCAGAUUUGGAAACAGUUCAAGAGUCAACAAAUGAAUGCCAUCCAUCUAACUCUACAUCAGAGACUAGGGAAUUUAACUCUACACAUCCUAAAGAUUUCCAGUUUCGCACUGCUUCAAAUAAGACCUUAGAACUAACGGAUGAGAUGAGGAAAAAGGCUGCAAUGCUAAUGGCAGAUUUGGAAACAGUUCAAGAGUCAACAAAUGAAUGCCAUCCAUCUAACUCUACAAUAGAGAUAAGGGGGUUUAAUUCUACACAUCCUAAAGACUUCCAGUUUCGCACUGCUUCAAAUAAGCCAUUAGAAUUAACGGAAGAGAUGAGGAAAAAAGCGGCAAUGUUGUUGGCAGAUUUGGACACGAUUGAAGCUCCAGCCAAUGCUGAAAAUCAAUCCAAGUCUAUCUCAGAGACUGUAGCCUGCGUUCGUUCUGCGUCUAAGAAACCAAUCCAAGUCUCGGAAGACAUGCUAAUAGCGACCAAGAAUCUUUUAGCUGAUGUCGAUAUGGAAAAUGUAGGAAAACUAAAGGAAUGUGAUACACGAAAGGAUUGCUUGAUGACAGCCACUCCACAGCCGAGAAAGUUUGAGUCUAUUAGCAGCUCUGUAUUUGAGACACCAAAAUGUACGCCGGAGCUGCAAGAUUCUCUUACCCAACUGUCAGAGCGUUCACCUUUGGACAAAGCUACAAAGAGUUCCAUAAUAACGCGACGUAAUCUCUUGUCUUUAAACAAGCGUCGCAAAUUGAAGAGGGAUUCGGAAAAUAUAGAUACUGCCGAUACGCCAAAUAGACAGCGAUUUAAUCCAAUGACAGCUGCGACCAGCACGCCAGUCCCAAAUCGAAAGGAAAACAUUAAAGCAGACGCACAGUGUAGAAACAGGGAAAGAAGAUGCUCGCAAGAAACUCCAGCGCGUGUGGGAAAGCGGCGAAGUGAGGAGGCUUUAUCUCCAAUUUAUGCGCCGACAAAUAAAACUCGUCGUUUGGGCUUAAGUCGCAUUCGAAAUAAGUCAUCGAAUGAUAUUUAAAUAAUUAUUUAAAAGUACGUUAUUAAAAAUACACAUAAAUCAA